AAGCUCCGCCGCCGCCGCCCGGCCAGAAAGCGGAAUCCGGGCGCGUCGGGGCCCAGGCGCGGGACGGACCGGAAGUGGGGCCGCGUAGCUUUCUGCUCGCUGCGCGCAGUGAAACGCGUAUUGUGAAGAUGAGGGGGGGGCUCCCUAGCUGAACAGAUCGUUUGCGGAUCUACUUUUCUGCGCGUAUUUAUUACCUGCCAGUAAUUGGAUCAGAAGAUGAAUCCAGCUAAUCCUUUCAGUGGGCAGCAGCCUAGUGCUUUUCCACCAUCUUCCAGUGGUUCCAUAGGGACGUUUCAAGCUAAGCCACCAUUUCGGUUUGGUCAGCCCUCUCUUUUUGGACAAAACAAUACAUUAUCCGGGAAGAGCCCAGGAUUUUCACAGGUGUCCAGCUUUCCAGCAUCUUCUGGACAAAGUCCUUCUUCUUCAGUGCAAACAUUAGGAUUCUCCCAAACCUCAAAUGUUGGACUCUUUUCUGGACUUGAACACAUUCCGCCCUUUGUAGCUACCUCUGGGUCUUCAAGUUCAUCUGUGCCUGGAAACCCAGGAUUUAGUUUUAAAUCACCCAACCUUGGAGCAUUCCCAAGUACUUCUACUUUUGGACCAGAGACUGGAGAAAUAGCAAGCUCUGGUUUUGGGAAAACAGAAUUUAGCUUUAAACCUCUGGAGAAUUCAAUGUUCAGACCAAUAUUGGGGGCUGAAUCCGAGCCAGCGAAAACUCAGAACCAAAUUACUUCCGGACUUUUUACAUUUUCCCACCCAGUCAGUAGUGGACAUGGGGGACUGGCCCCAUUUUGUUUUUCUCAGGUGACGAGUAGUUCAGCCACCAAUUCAAAUUUUACCUUUUCAAAACCAGGUAAUAAUAAUUCAUCAUCAUCUGCCUUUACUUCUGCUUUGUCAAGUCAAACUGUGGAGGAAGAGAAGAGAGGCCCAAAAGCACUAUUUGGAAGUUCUAAUAGUGGCUUUAUUAGCUUCCCCAUAUCUUCUUCAGGGUCCUUGGGUGAACCCUUCCCAGUUAGCAAAACAGGUGUCAGACAAGGAUGCGAAGAAGCUGUUUCCCAAAUGGAGCCACUUCCCAGCCUCAUGAAAGGACUGAAAAGGAAGGAGGACCAGGACCGGUCCCCCAGGAGGCACGGUCAUGAUGCAGCAGAAGAUUUGGACCCUCUGCUGAGGGGCGAUCAUCCUCCAGAUAAACGACCCGUCCGCUUGAAUCGACCCCGGGGAGGCACUUUGUUUGGUCGGACAAUACAGGAUGUCUUCAAAAGCAAUAAAGAAGUAGGUCGUCUGGGCAACAAGGAAUCUAAAAAGGAAACUGGCUGUGCCGAGUCUGGGGAAAAUGACCACUUGGCCGUCCCAGGAGGCAGUCAGUCUGUCCUGGCACCUUCCCGGCUUCCAGGUGUGAAUAAAGAGGAAGAAACUGAAAGUAGAGAUAAAAAAGAAGAUUCUCUAAGAGGAACUCCUGGCCGUCAGAGUAAAAGAAGUGAGAGCACAGACGGUCUUGGGGGCUUGUCUCCUGCUGAAGUCACAGCGAUCCAGUGCAAGAACAUCCCUGACUAUCUCAAUGACAGAACCACUCUGGAGAACCACUUUGGCAAAAUUGCUAAAGUGCAGCGCAUCUAUACCAGGCGCAGCAAAAAGCUUGCAGUGGUGUAUUUUUUUGAUCAUGCAUCUGCAGCCCUGGCUAGGAAGAAGGGGAAAGGUUUGCAUAAGGAUAUGGCCAUCUUCUGGCACAAGAAAAAAACAAGUCCCAACAAGAAACCCUUUUCCCUCAAGGAGAAGCAGCCAGGUGACGGUGAAGCUGGCCCGGGCACCGAGGACACACCCUUUCAGCACUCCCCUCUUGGCAAGCCCGUGGCCAGGGCUGCAGCCGGCAGCCUGAAUAAAAGCUCUCCAGUGAAGAAGCCGAGUCUUCUGAAGCCCCCUCAGUUUGAGGGAGACCCGUCUGACGAGGGCUCCGAGGGCUCCGAGGGUCUUGGGCUGUGUGUGUCGUCUCUCAGUGCCCUGAUAGGUACUGUGGCUGAGACAUCCGAGGAGAAGUACCGCCUGCUUGACCAGAGGGACAGAGUCAUGCGGCAAGCUCGGGUGAAAAGGACCGACUUGGACAAAGCGAGGACUUUUGUUGGGACGUGCCCGGAUAUGUGUCCCGAGAAGGAGCGAUACAUGCGGGAGACCCGGAGCCAGCUUAGUGUGUUUGAAGUGGUCCCAGGCACUGACCAGGUGGACCACGCGGCAGCCGUGAAGGAGUACAGCCGCUCCUCAGCAGACCAGGAGGAGCCCCUGCCGCAUGAGCUGCGUCCCUCGGCGGUGCUUAGCAGGACCAUGGACUACCUGGUGACCCAGAUCAUGGACCAGAAGGAGGGCAGCCUGCGGGACUGGUACGACUUCGUGUGGAACCGCACGCGGGGCAUACGGAAGGACAUCACUCAGCAGCACCUGUGUGACCCAGUGACGGUGUCUCUGAUUGAGAAGUGCACCCGGUUUCACAUCCACUGUGCUCACUUCAUGUGUGAGGAGCCCAUGUCCUCCUUUGAUGCCAAGAUCAACAAUGAGAACAUGACCAAGUGCCUUCAGAGUCUGAAGGAGAUGUACCAAGACCUGAGAAACAAGGGCGUGUUCUGUGCCAGUGAAGCGGAGUUCCAGGGCUACAACGUUCUGCUCAAUCUCAACAAGGGGGACAUCCUAAGAGAAGUGCAGCAGUUCCAUCCUGCCGUUAGAAACUCCUCUGAGGUGAAAUUCGCUGUUCAGGCUUUUGCUGCGUUGAACAGUAACAAUUUUGUGCGAUUUUUCAAACUGGUCCAGUCAGCUUCUUAUCUGAAUGCUUGUCUUCUGCAUUGUUACUUUAAUCAGAUCCGCAAGGACGCGCUCCGAGCGCUCAACGUGGCGUACACCGCGAGCACUCAGCGCUCCACCACCUUUCCCCUGGACGGCGUGGUGCGCAUGCUGCUCUUCAGAGACGGAGAGGACGCCACAGGCUUCCUCAGCUGCCACGGCCUCACUGUCUCCGACGGCUGUGUCGAGCUGAACCGGUCCUCGUUCCUGGAACCAGAGGGUUUAUCCAAGGCCAGGAAGUCGGUGUUUAUUACCAGGAAGCUGACGGUGUCCGUUGGGGAGAUCGUGAAUGGAGGGCCAUUACCCCCUGUUCCCCGUCACACCCCCGUGUGCAGCUUCAACUCCCAGAACAAGUACGUCGGGGACAGCCUGGCUGCGGAGUUGCCCACGGGCACUCAGAGACCCGGCUCGGACGUGGCGGGUGUAGGGAGAGGAGAGGAGUGCAGUAUGGAGGGGGACGAGACCCUCCCGGCUCUCCUUCUGCAGCCCCUGCCCACCCCUGUGCCAGCUUCUCCUCCACAACUCCCGGCACUGCCCUUGAGCAUGGCACCCAGCCUCUUCCAGCCCCCCGUGCAGCCCCCCGUGCAGCCCCCCGUGCAGCUGGAGCUCCUUCCCCCAAAGUCUGCGCCUGUGUACUCGGACGAGGACCUGGCGCAGGUGGUGGAUGAGCUCAUCCGGGAGGUUCUUCAGAGGGACUGCGAGGAAGUUGGCGCCGCCGGGGCAGCCUUCGCAGCCACAGCCCUGGGUGUUUCCAAUGCUGCUAUGGAGGAGCUGUUAACAGCUGCAACCAUGGGCAUUUUGAGGCACAUUGCAAGUGAAGAAGUGACUAAGGAAAGGGAGCGGAAAGAGGAAGAGAGGCGGCGGGCUGAAGAAGAGAGGUUGAAACAAGAGAGAGAACUGGUGUUAACGCAGCUGAGCCAGGACCUAGCUGCAGAGCUGACAGAGCUCGUGGUGACAGAACGUGUGAGGGAAACCUGCUCCCAGGAAUUGAAGAGUGCAGUGGAGACAGAGCAGAGGCUCCGCAUGGCCCGUUGCUGUGAGGACGUCUGUGCACACCUGGUGGACUUGUUUCUUGGGGAGGAAAUUUUCCAGACUGCAAAAGAGACCCUCCAGGAACUUCAGUGCUUCUGCAAGUAUCUCCAGCGGUGGAGGGAAGGUGUCGCAGCCCGGAAGAAACUGAGGCGCCAGAUGCGGGCCUUCCCUGCGGCGCCUUGCUGUAUGGACAUGAAUGACCGGCUGAGGGCACUGGCGCCCAGCGCAGAGUGCCCCAUUGCAGAGGAGAACCUGGCCAAGGGCCUCCUGGAUCUGGGCCACGCGGGGAGAGUGGGCAUCUCCUGCACCAGGUUAAGGUGUCUCAGAAACAAGGUGGCGCACCAGAUGAAGGUUCAGCACUUCUACCAGCAGCUGCUGAGUGACGCGGCAUGGGCACCCCUGGACCUGCCAUCUCUCGUGGCUGAGCACCUCCCGGGGCGGCAGGAGCACGUGUUUUGGAAGCUGGUGCUGGUGUUGCCUGAUGGAGAAGAGCAGUCCCCAGGGAGUCCUGGCAGAGUUCUAGCAAACUGGUUAAAAGUCAAGUUCACAGGAGAUGCUGGCUCAGUGGAUGACACGUACCGCGAUGUUGGUGGGAUCCAGACGCUCACUCUCUUUAACACUCUCAGCAGCAAAGGGAAUCAGACAGUUUCUGUCAGUGUGUGCGUCAAGGUGGCCCACGGUGCUCUUAGCGACUGUGCCCUUGACGCUGCGGAGACACAGAAGGAGCUCCUGGGAGCCAGCGGGCUUAUGCUGCUGCUUCCCCCCAAAGUGAAGAGCGAGGACGUGGCGGAGGAGGACGUGUACUGGCUGUCGGCGUUGCUGCAGAUCAAGCAGCUCCUGCAGGCCAAGCCCUUCCAGCCUGCGCUUCCGCUGGUGGUUCUUGUGUCCAGCCCGGGAGGGGACGCCGUGGAGAAGGAAGUGGAAGCUGGUCUGAUGCUCCAGGAUUUGGUUUCAGCUAAGCUGAUUUCAGAUUAUACCGUUAUUGAGAUCCCUGAUUCCAUUAGUGAUUUACAAGGCACGACUAAGGUUUCGCAGGCUGUGCAGUGGCUGGUCUCGCACUGCCCCUGUGCCCUUGACCUUUGUUGCCAGACCCUCAUUCAGUACGUGGAAGACGGGGUUAGCCGGGAGUUUAGCGGCCGGUUUUUCCACGACAGAAGAGAGCGGAGGCUAGGCGGCCUGGCCCCGCAGGAGCCAAGUGCCGUCAUCGAACUGUUCAACAGCGUGCUGAGCUUCCUGGCCUCUGUAGUGUCCUCCGAGCAGCUCUGUGACCUGUCCUGGCCUGUCACUGAGUUUGCCGAGGCAGGGGGCAGCCGGCUGCUUCCUCACCUUCACUGGAACACCCCUGAGCACCUGGCCUGGCUGAGGCAGGCUAUCCUUGGCUUCCAGCUCCCACAGAUGGACCUUCCGCCCCCGGGAGCUCCCUGGCUCCCCGUGUGCUCCAUGGUUGUCCAGUACGCCUCCCAGAUCCCCAGCUCUCUCCAGACGCAGCCUGUCCUGCAGUCCCAGGUGGAGAGCCUGCUCCGCGGCACGCACUGCAGGUGGAAGAGCGGGAGCCCCUCCCCAGGCCGGGGGGCACGGCCCUCAGUUGCUGAGAUCCCGUGGGAUGACAUCAUCGCCUUGUGCAUCAACCACAGGCUGAGGGACUGGACACCCCCCAGGCUUCCCGUCACAUCAGAGGCACUGACUAAAGAUGGUCAGAUAUGUGUGUAUUUUUUUAAAAACCAUUUGAAAAACUACGACGUUCCUUUGUCGUGGGAACAAGCCAGAAUGCAGACGCAGAAGGAGCUACAGUUGAGUCAGAGCCGUUUGGGGAUAAGAUCUGUUCAUCCUUCUGCAAACAAGCUUCGCACUCCGUUACUUCACGGGCACCGCAAAGGGAAGAGAGGUGUGAAGCGCGGCCGAGAGGGGCGGAUUCCCGGCACCGACGACCUGAUGCACAGAGCCUCUGCCCAGGAGCUCCUGGCCCAGUGUCUGUCCAGCAGCCUGCUGCUGGAGAAAGAGGAGAGCAAGAGGUUUGAAGAUCAACUUCAGCAGUGGUUGUCAGAGGACUCAGGAGCAUGUACAGAUUCAACUUCCUUUCCACUCUACCUUCCUCAGACUCUGGUGUCUCUGCCUCAGACUAUCGAACCUGUGAUGAAAACAUCUACAACUACUAGCCUUCAGAAUGACAGGACAGGGGAGCAACUGCAGAUGUCAGAGGCAACAGGCACGUCUGUGACCGAACGGCUGAAGCGCCUAGAAAGGCUGAUCCGGAGUUCAAGGGAAGAGGACGUUGCCUCUGAGCUCCAUCUCUCUGCACUACUGGACAUGGUGGACAUUUGAGCUGCUGGACCUGAGAGAGGGUCUAGAAGAUGUUCUUUUAACUCAAAAUAAUGUUAUUCUCAGAUGCUUGAUGCAUGUUGGAAUGUGAUUAUUAAUCAUGCAAAAAUAAACCACUGGAAUAUCCAAUGAGGUCUUCCUCAGUUUUCAGAAUGAAAGGUUGUUUUCUCCUGUGUAAUGUCUUUGAUACUCUUACCUGUUUUCAUGAUCUCUUCUGACUGUUGUCCACCAACACAUGCUCUUACAUUUCAGUGUGUAACGGUGGUCAUUCAUUGUCUUAGCAACAGUUGCAGUCCCUGAUGUGCCAAAUCAGUGCAGGGAUGAAUAAGGUGCAGGGACCCUGCCCACCCGGCCUGCCCAGCUCACACCUCAGAGAGCCAACAGAUGUACUGAGCCAACUGUAUAUGUACAUAGCUCUCUGAGGCAUGGGGCAUGUGCCUGCAUUGGAAGCAGGGGGAGACAAGGGGAUUGGGCAGAGGACAGAGCAGAAUUCUUGGAGAGGAGUGCAGUGGUAUACCCAGGAGGAUGUGAUGAAAACCUGGAGGUGCCAGUUUGGUAGUACUGCCAAGCCAGACCGCCGAGACCCUUGCUGCUUUACUGUGAGUGCUAUGGGAAUCAGCUAUUGGAGAUAUUAGGCAAGAAGUGAUUUGGUCACAUUUUGUUUCAAAAACUGCAUAUGGGGAACAACAGUAAGACAAGCAAUGGAUCUCGAAAGGAGGAUGCUGCAGCUGUCCAGGUGAAAGAAGAAGGGUAUAAUCCUGAGUCUGCUAGCAGUUGGUGUGGAGAGAAGGGAUACAUUUGAGCCAUAUACAGAAAGAGGUAUUAACAGACUUGAUGCUGAGUAUGACCGUCAGUCUUAAAUUGGCACUCAGCAUCUCCCUACUAUAUCCCACAUCCCCUAGAGUCUCUGAGGGAACUAUUUCAUAUCUUCUUAUUCUCUUCAAAUCUACAACAUUCCUAGAUGAUGACCUGCUUCUUAUUUCAUUGAGAAAAAAGAAGCACUAGGAACAGAACUUGCUCAUCCUACCACCACCACAUCUACCAGCCAAACCCUGCAUCCGCCAGAACAAACACUCAUCAACUCUUAGGGAUUUCUUCAGUGAUUAACUUCAUGUUUAUCAGUAAAGACUUAAGUAAUGCUAUUUCUUAAUCUCGAUUUUAGACAUCUGUUGAUUUCCUACAAUAGAAAAUGAGUUAGCUCUCAUACUAUAUCCUCUCUGCAACGUGUAUCACCCACACAUGCAUACUACAUUUCCUCUCCCACUAGUCUCCCAAAACGAUUUAAGAUGUUAGCUGAAAUCUGCAUUCAGAGUUCAGUAUGACUAUAUUAAUACCGUUUGCUGUCGAGCCCUGUAUUGGUUUAUGAUUACAUUUCCUUUAGGGACAACUUUCCGUUGUACCUGGAGUCAACUGUCUUGCUUUUUCAUUUGCUUGGUUUUCUGUGUUCCUAGCACUACUUCACCCAAACCUCUCCUCGCUAAGUGUGAAGCUCCUCCCAACACUCAGGUGCCUCAGGUAGUAUGCUAGCUCCAUUUUCUUCUGGAAAUGAACUGCUGGGAAAUCCCCCGUCUGUGCCACCUUGGACGUCCCCUGGAUUCUGAGUCGUAUACCUUCCUCUUCCGUGGUCUGCUUUCUCAUUUUGAUGGAGCUCAUCUUUUAGAGCCUUCCGAGCUUGCAUAUCUAAAAGAUCUUUAUUUCUACCCUUAUGUUAGAUUCAUCAUUUGAAUGGAAGUAGAAUUUUACAUUGGAAAUUAUUCCUCUGCGUUUUUGUUUGUUUUUUGUUACUGGGAGUUUCUUUUAAGAUCAUCUCUAUCCCUGGUGGUCUCAAAUUUCUCAACAACAUGCUUGACAUAUUGGUUUGCCUCCCCUAUUCCCUGCCGAAUUUAUUGUGCUUGGCAUGUUGUAGUGCUUUUUUCCAGUAGUUUUUGCUAUGUAACAAACUACCCCAACCAUAGCUUAAAUUUGGGAAGGACAGGCUGGGCAGCUUUCUCUUGGGAUCUCUCAUGCAGUUGCAGUCAGGUAUUGAAUGCAGGUAUUGGGACUGUGGUUAUCUGAAGUCUUGACUGUGGCUGGAUGUCUGAGACAGCUCACUUACAUAGCGGGCAGGUGAUGUUGCACUGUUGGCUAGGGGCUCAGCUGGGGCUUUCGACCUGAGUAGCUAUAUGUGACCUCAUCACGUGGCUUGGCUUCCUCACAGCAAGGUGGCCUCAGAUAGGACUUCUCACAUGGCAUCUCAGGGCUCCAAGUGCAAGUGCCCCAGUGAGCGAAAUGCAAGCCCAGCUUUGGAAUCUGUGCAGGAUCACUUCCACUUCAUUGUAUUGGUUACAAGCAUCUGGUUAUAGAUUAAAGGGACGGGACAUAGGUCCUAUUUCUCAGUGGGGAUGAGUGGUAAGACCACAUUGUAAAAGAGCAUGUGAGAUGGGAGAUUUUGCAGGCAUCUUUAGAAAAUAUUCUCCCAUGCUUUUUCAAUCCAGAAAACUUUCCCCAAUUCUGGGAAUUUUUGGAAAUUAUUUAAUACAAUUUUCUCCUCCACGGUUUCCCUUUGGAACUCCUAAUACUCAGAUGUUUGACCACCUGUAUCGAUGCUCCAAUUUUCUUUUCAAUUUUUGUAUAUCUUUAUCUUUUUAUUCUACUAUUCUAAAAUUUCUCUAUCUCCCUGUUCUAGUGAUUUUAAAACUGCUACCAUAUUGUGAAUCACUAUAUUGUACACCUGUAACAUAUAAAAUUGCACAUCAACUAUACUUCAAUUAAAAAAGUUUAAAAAAUUUUAAA